AUGUCCAACUCCCUGAACACCGCAGCAGUCUCCUCCCGCCUACAACAGGAGCCGUCAACACAGCAGCCACUGCCAGGAAUCUCUCCCACCCGCCCACGAUCCGCAUCAGCAGCAUCGGAAAGGACUCUCGUUGGUGAAGGUGUCGACGUCGGUUCAAAGUCCGACAAGGACGUGGAGACCGACGCCGCGGAGACAGAGUCGACCUCUUCGUCCACCAUCAUGUGCAAGACGAAGGCAAUGCUCAAGUCGAAGCUGAACUCGAAGAGCUCGAAGCCCAAGCUGGUGCCGAACCCAUCGGAUCGGUACAUGUAUCCCACCACGGCUUAUUCGUGGCGGGCGUUGUAUGAAAUGAAGCCUUGA